UUAACGCCUACUAAAAUAUAGAGUCCUACAAAUAUUUAAGCCAAGUCAUACCUUUUACAACCAAUCCGCCUGAGUGGGUGAGAUGCCUUAUGCCUGUUUGAUUUGUGACACUGAGACAGUGAAACUGCUUCAUCAUUAUGGAGCAGAGGGUAAUAUAUGUAAUUCCUGCAGAACAUUCUUUAGGAGGUCUGUCAGCCAGCACCUGAAGUGGACGUGCAAAUCUGGAUUCCUCAAUUGCAAAUUUUCAACCAAUGCUAGAUUUUGCUGCAAAAAGUGUAGAUUUGCCAAAUGCAUUGAGGUUGGAAUGAAACCAGAGCAAGUGAACAAAACCAAGAAAGCAAUUGCUGCUUAUUUUGCUGAACAGGAAAAGAAUUCCAGAAAAACUGAAGAAUUGGUGACAUCUAAAAACACUCUCAAUGAUAACAUAAUAGUAGAAAAAGUUUUUGAGGUUGAUUUGAUCCCAGAUGGUCAAGAUAUUACCCAGCCACUGUUUUUUGACCCUAAAAGAAGUAAAACAUUUGGUUCUGAUGAAGCAAGCAUGUUUCAACAGGAUCCCAAAAUGUUUCAAAUAACCAGAAGCGACCAACUCAACCCAGAAGAUAUUCAUUUCUUCAGUGGCCUUGUGACCAGCUGGAGAAAGCUUCUGCUUAAAACUUACAUGGAUGGGAUGUCUUCCCACUCUGUUCAUGAAGAAGUUGAAAAGUAUCAUAAGCAAUCUUGUGAUUCUUCUACACUAACAUAUGAUACAGCCUUGGAUAACACAAUGACUGAUGUAGCAUUGGACAAUAUUGCUUGCUUUACAGAUAUCUCUGGCCUCAAUCUCUCUAUGCAAGCAAAAUUACGAACCUUGUAUCAAUGCUUUGAAAUAUUUUCCUCGUCAGCUUUUGAAGGAGUAACAAUGCGACAAUCUUUAGCCACUUAUGGAUACAAUGUGGAGUCCCAUCCGUUUAGUGCAAUUAUCCCAGUUUACAUGCAGGACAUGAAAAUUGUUGACUAUUUAAAAAGUGGUAUGUUUAAGUCCCCAUGGGCUGAAAGUCUGGAGGUGGAAGAGUUUUUUGUGAAAACCUGCCAAACAUUAAAAACCUUUCUGUCUGAUCCUGUUCUGCAUCUUUGCUUUUUUAACCUGCUAUUAUGUAACUUAGCUGAUCAAUUUGGCAGCUCCCGCAAGUUUUGUACAGAAAAGCUGAAGAUGAUCUUGUACAAAGAAAUGUUGACGAAGAGCCAAGACUCCAAUCUUGCCAAUCAUAGAUUCACCCAGCUAAUCUCAACAAUACAUGAUGUAGAUGAGUGUACAAGGAUUCUAGAGAGAGUUACACUCAUCAAGGAUACAAAUAUUGAUCUACAGGAUAUUGAUGUUGCACCUUUGGAGAACUUUUCAGAGACUAAUGAUUCUGAUUUUGGUGUUGUGAUGAAUAUGUAGUGCAAAAGAAGAUAUUUAGAAGAUCAAUAAUAAAGGUGCCGGACUGUUAGAAGAAAUCAUUACAUUUCUUUCAUAAUAUCAACCCUACAAAUAGGAGGGUUUCCAUGGAAGGCAAAUUUUCAUGAAAUAAAUUUUGCUGAAGGAAGCACAAACAAUGGAAAAUUUUGUGCCGAAAUUCCAUGCAAAAUAAUUCCUGGAAAUAUGCGCGCAAACCUUGCAUGACAUCUUUCAAGCUACUUUUUCUUUAAAGUACAAAAAUUAUAGUUUAGUGAUAGGAAUAUUGGCUUUUUUUUGCACAUUUUACCUAAGCAUUAUAUAAGUUUUACUAUGUUAUAUUAAUAAUAAAUCUCUUCUUUUA